AGAGAGAUUUGUCUGGAUCCAUGACGUGUGUUUACUACUAAUUGCCGGCAAUUCUCUGUCUAAUUUUGAAUCCAUGGCGUGUGUUUAUUACUAAUUGCUAGCAAUUCUCUGUCUAAUUUUCUCGCUGGAUCCAUGACGUGUGUUUAUUAUUAAUUGCCGGCAAUUCUCUGUCUAAUUUUCUUGCUCCCUAGUUCCUCACUCCCUCCCUCUGUCUCUCUCUCUCUCUCUCUCUGUGGAGAGUCGAGAGUUGCGAGGUGUUAAUUUAUCUGAGAUCGAAAUUGGAGAAGAACUCUGUUUAGCUUUGGAUCCAGAUAAAACUGGGUUUCUCAGACUUUCCAGGAAUAUCUGCCAAUGCUGGUAUCAAUCAAGGGUUGAGUUCAGCUCCUGAACAAUGAAGAAAAUUGGGAGCAAAUUGGCGUUGCAGUGGUUUGAUCUGAGAGUUUUCUAUGUCAGAAUCAGCAAUUUCUCGGUUGAAGAUGAUCAAGCCCCUGAAUUUCUAACCCUGAACCACAUCCCUCUAUGCCCUGACACCCUGCUCGAAGUAAAUGGCUCGAGAUGUACAAUCAACUCGGAAGGAAUCUCAUCGAUUCUUCGACGAGACAGAAUCGACAAGAAAUCCGAGGAAGCCACGUACGUGAGCACGGAUGGAAUAAGGUUUACGGGGAGUGUGAAAUUUGAGGUUUUCGACGACGACGAGCUGCCUCUGCUCUUCGGGUUUCUGGAAAAUGAUUUCAAUGGAGAAUCGGAGUGGAGCAUGGACUGUGAAUUGGCAAUGGCGGCUGCUGGUGGGUUCAUGAAGGGAAAACAGAAUCCUGGUUCGGAAACAACGAUGUUGUUGUCGCCUAGAAUUGAGGUAUACGUUGCCGGUUGUUUCUUGGGAAAGCCGGCCAUUCUAACCAGGAGCUUGCAGAUUGGUUCCCGGAAGAAGCAGAAUUAUUGGAAGGGCAUGCUGCAUUCCAUCCCGGAGUACGACACCGUUGAUUCCCGGAAAAAUGUUGCUCUGCAGGUAGUCGACUACAGAAGCUACAGACCAGAGAGUGAAGAAGAUUACAGCAUGUACUGGGGGAGAACACAGUUGAUGGAAGGUGAGGAAGAUGGGGAGCUCUCCUGGUUCAACGCCGGCGUCAGGGUAGGCGUCGGCAUUGGCCUCGGCGUUGGGAUCGGAGUCGGCCUGCUUGUCAGAACCUACCAGGCCACAGCUCGAAGCUUCAGAAGGCGACUUCCAUGAUUUAUCUAUUUCUUCUUCUUCUUCUUCUGCAAAUUUUCAUCGGUUCAGUUAUUUCGUCUGCUUUGUGCUUUUUUCAUCAUCUUCUUCGAUAUGCAACCAUGCCAUUUGUGUAGCAGAAGGUAACUUGUAUUAGGGCCUUGGGUUUCCGCCA